AUGAGGACAGCCAACCACACAGAAGUAAGACAGUUUACUUUCCAAGGUUUCUCCAACUUCCAAGAGCAUCAGCUCACACUCUUUGUGGUGUUCCUUGCCCUGUACACUCUAACCCUGGCUGGCAAUGUCAUCAUUGUGACUGUUAGCCACUUUGACCAUCACCUCCACACCCCCAUGUACUUCUUUCUAAGUGUCCUCUCUACAUCAGAGACUUUCUACUCCCUGGUCAUCAUCCCACGCAUGCUUGCCAGUCUUGUAGGCCUGAGCCAAUCCAUUUCCCUGGAGGGCUGUGGGACUCAGCUUUUUUUCUUCCUUGGCUUUGCCAUCACCAACUGCCUCCUGUUGGCAGUCAUGGGGUAUGAUCGCUAUGUGGCCAUCUGCAACCCACUUCGUUACUCCGUCACCAUGAACUGGAGGGUCUGUGUCACGCUGGCAUCCUCGGUCUGUGCCACAGGGUUCUCUCUCUCGCUGGUUCAGGCUGUGGCCAUUUUCAGACUGCCCUUCUGUAGGACAUGGAUUGAGCAUUUCUUCUGUGAUGUUCGUCCUGUGUUAGACUUGGCCUGUGCUACCCCCGUCAUCAAUGACAUCCUGACCUUAAUUAUCAGCCUCUUGGCCAUCACAGCCCCUGCCACCUUCCUCUUCAUCUCCUACGUCCUCAUCAUCUCCACCAUCCUCAAGAUCGCCUCGGCCGAGGGCCGGAAGAAGGCCUUUGCCACCUGCGCCUCCCACCUCACUGUGGUCGUUGUCCACUACGGCUGUGCCUCCAUUGCCUACUUCAAGCCCAAGUCAGAGGACACCCAGGAUCAGGACCAGCUGAUCUCAGUGGCCUACACUGUCAUCACACCUUUACUAAACCCUGUUGUGUAUAGUCUAAGAAACAAAGACGUCCAGGAUGCUCUGCGGAGAAUGGUGGGUAGGAAAUCUCUUUUCCUCAGGUGA